AUGGCGCCUCCUUUGUCUGAUACGUAUCUAUACUCAAAUAAACAAAAUAUAUACAAUUCAUUCUCCCUCUCUGUCUGUCUGUCUGUCUGCCUCUCUCUCUUUCUCUUUCUCUGUCUCUCUCACUUUCUCUCUCUCUCUCUCUAUCUCUCUCUCUCUCUUUCUCUUUCUCUGUCUCUCUCACUUUCUCUCUCUCUCUCUGUCGAUCUCUCUCUCUCUUUCUCUUUCUCUCUCUCUCUCUUUCUCUGCAAAUGCAGGCAGCUGUUCCGUGACCUCUUCAACGACGUCGCUGCCCUCGUCGCCUACACCGAAAGAGCUCUGCAGUGCAUAACAUCCUGCUUCGCAGAGGCUGCCCAGCUCUUCGGACUCGAGAUCAGUUCGAAGAAGACGGAAGUCCUCCGCCAGCCUGCACCUCGAGAAGAGUACCGACCUACCCACAUCAUCAGCGAGACUGAGCUGAAAGCAGUUCACCAGUACACUUACCUGCGGUGUACAUCACAUCGUAUGCCAAGAUCGACAGGGAAGUAG